AGGGAAUAUGCCACGCUGCUCGAUGUAGAAACUUCUCCACCGUCGUUGACAGUGCCAGAGACUGUAUAGUCGCUGCAUUCCCAAGAGGAACCUGCAGUUUAGGAAGUGUCGUUUUGACGAUUUGAAGGAAACGGCAUGUCGAUUUUUCGCUGAUACAUCCAUCCAUCCAUCCUCGCAUACUAGUAGAUGAGUAUUUACUCUUGAAUAAAAUACAUAUUCAUGCUAUAGAUUCUCAGCACAGCUAGAGGAAAGGGAUUGAAUCAGGGCCUCCAUUCGUUGUACCAGCAUCAAAUAAAUCAAGUGCUCACACUGGAUGUUUCCCAAUCAAUUUCUCGACGAUCUUCCCUGCACUCGCUCGAAAUGGCGAAAUCAGUGAUCUCAAAACACAGCACAAACUCAGAGCUGAAUCCACGAACGGAGGAGUACGAUUUCAACGGUCCCCUCGGAGCACUUGCAGUCACUAUUCUCGUUCCCGUCAUUGUCUACUCGCUUUAUUUUGGCUGCGCUGAAGAAACAGGAGGGUGUCCGCCCAAAGUUCAGCUUACGUUUACUCGUGUCCAAGAAUCAUUGACAUGGUCACAGUGGUUGAGGCUCUGGGACACGGAAGCAACGAUGAUUUAUCUGGUUUGGUACGGGUUUUGUGUCCUCUGUUGGAUCAUUUUGCCUGGAGAGUGGGUGAAGGGAACGGUUCUACGUGAUGGAAAUGUGAAGGAGUACAAGAUCAAUGGUCUCUCGACAUUCAUGCUUGCAAUCGCCCUGUCGGUUGGAUCCAUCGUAAAAUUUGGUCCAGAGUGCUUCACGUUUUUCUACCACAAAUGGGUCGGACUCCUCACCGCAGCCCUCUUGAUGUCCAUCGUGCAAGCCAUAUACGUUUAUGCCGCUUCUUUCGUACCAGGAAAGCUACUUGCAUUGGGAGGAAAUUCAGGGAAUAUCAUAUACGAUUUCUUCAUCGGACGCGAGCUCAACCCGUCCAUCGGUUCCUUCGAUGUCAUGUCGUUCAAUGAACUCCGUCCCGGAAUGAUUCUUUGGGCACUCAUGGAUAUUUCAAUGAUCUGUGAGCAGGCCGUACGACGGGGAGGGUUUUCGAAAGUCACGGAUUCCAUCUGGCUUACUGCUGGAUUUCAGAUAUUUUACAUCGCGGAUGCAUUGUACAAUGAGCCAGCCUUAUUCACUACCAUCGACAUCAUUACCGAGGGCUUUGGGUUUAUGCUCGCCGUUGGCGACUUGGUCUGGGUACCAUUCGUGUACUCUACUCCAACCAGGUACCUGGUGUUCGCGCCGGUUAGACUUGGGACCUAUACCGCUGCGUUGAUAUUUGGCAUGAAUUUCUUGGGAUAUUGGAUUUUCCGCAGUGCGAAUGGAGAGAAGAACGAUUUCAGGAAUGGGAAGAACCCAAAAAACCUCAAAUUCCUUGCCACCGUGACGGGAUCCAAGCUUUUGACAUCUGGAUGGUGGGGAGUAUCUCGACACCCAAACUAUCUAGGUGACCUUUUAAUGGCCUGGGCAUGGUCUCUCCCCACCGGAUUCGCCACUCCUAUAACCUACUUCUAUCCGUUGUUCUUUACGCCCUUUUUGAUGCACCGGCAAAUAAGAGACGAAACCAAGUGUCAGAAAAAAUAUGGAGAUGACUGGGAGAAAUACAAGCAGCUUGUUCCGUACAAGAUCAUACCGUAUGUGUAUUGAAGACCAUAUUAUUUGUUAUCAUAUGUUGCAUACAUAGUUAGGCACAGACAGAUCAGUUCUUUGCGGGGUAUAUAGUAUUGAUCGCCUGUAAGGCGUCUGUUCUAAAUAUCAAGUUCAAAAGCUCGAA